AUGGCAGGCUCAGACUCUUCGGCGUCGGCGAACGUCCCGGCGUGGAAGAAACUAGGCCUGAAGCUCAAGUAUGCGAAGGACUCUGACGACAAAAAAGCCGAGACAAACAAGGGAAAUACCACUAUGGAGGAGUCGGAGAUGAAGGAAAUGAAGGCGCGCAAAAGCAAGAAGCGGCGACAUGAGGAUGACGGCGCAACUGAUACAAAGAAGAACGAACCUGAAUCCCACAAGAAACAGAAGACGAAGAAAAAGAAGAACAAGGUAUCUUUUUCGGCGGAGACGAAGACCCAUGAUGGUGAUGAGAGUGCCCGAGAAUCUGAUGGCGAUAAUCGGGAUUCUUCAAAGGCGAAUGGUGCUGCUGUUGAAAAUGAUGAGUCUGAUUCACCUGUAGAGGAUAAAGAGAAUGAGAAUGAAAGUAAGAAGAAAAAGGAGGAGAAGAAGAAGAAGAAGAAGAAGGACGGACAGUCGACCGAGGGAGAAUCAACCGCUACUGCUAAUAAUGCGUCACCAAAGAUUCACGAGACUUCUAUUCUAUCAUAUCUAAGACUCUAUUACAAACAUAGAUCGGCUUGGAAAUUCCAGAAAAACCGUGAGACGCAUCUCUUCAAAAACAUCCUGUCGCUGGAGCAUGUUCCGACCCAGUACAACGCUGCGCUUCUUGCAUAUCUUCAGGGGUUAAAGAGCGAAGGUGCGAAGCAGCGGCUACGUGAAAUCGCCGGGGAAGUCGUGAGAGCAGAGGUAGAGGCGACAUCUUCGGAAGGCAAUGCGGAUACUGCAGAAGAAACGGAAAGGAGCUCUAGGUCGGACCUGACGAGCUACAACAAGGCUGUUGAUGCUUUUAGAGCGAGCCUGUCGCAGGACAAAAAGGACGAGUUGAACACCGUUGAUGUUUCCGAUCAACUGGAUGGAGAGACGUUGAAGAAACUCGAGAAGAGACUGCGAGCAGAGCUAUUGCUAUUUGCCGUCAAUGGUACUCUGUUUAUCUUCCAGAAACCAAAACCCGCGCAGAAGGCGAAGGGAGCGAACGGCGCUAAUCCGAACCAGCCUCUUAAGAAGAAAAAGAAAAAUCGGACUGCUGUCGUGGAGAUUUCAAGUAGCAGUGAAAGCGAGAGCUCUAGUGACAGUGACAGCGAUAGCGAUGAUGACAAUGCUACGAAAACCCAACGCAAGAAGCCCAGUGAUUCGUCUUCAAACUCAAGCAAUGAUAGCGACUCCGAAAGCACCAGCUCAAAUGGGUCGUCAUCUUCAUCGUCACCAUAA